GGACUCUCUCUCUCUCUCUCUCUCUCAUUCUUGUAUAAAAACACAGGCUCUCCAAAUCUCCCACCAAACUCUUUAAAUCAGUUAAACAAAAAAGCGAGAAACAAAGCCCUAAUGUUCCAAGAGGCGGCGCCGCCGUGUUGGCCGGCGGGGGUGAGUCAGUCGACGUCGUCGUCGGCGCGGUGGACUCGACCGGAGGACAAGCUGUUCGAGCAGGCGCUGGUGAGGUUCUCCGAGGACUUGCCGGAUCGGUGGGAGCGGAUCGCCGAGAUGGUGCCGGGGAAGAGCGCCGAGGAGGUUCUGGAGCACUAUGAGACUCUGGUGCAUGAUGUUGUGGAGAUUGACUCGGGCCGGGUCGAGUUGCCGAGUUACGCUGAUGACUCGGUGGUCGGGUGGGACACGUCGAGUCAGAUCUCUUUUGAUGGUUGCAAGAAUAAUAAUAAUAACGGCGGCGGCGGCGGCGGUGAGGCAGCCGAGAGGAAGAAGGGAAAGCCGUGGACUGAAAUUGAACACAAAUUGUUUCUGGUAGGACUAAAGCAAUUUGGUAAGGGUGAUUGGAGAAGCAUUUCAAGAAAUGUAGUUGUGACAAGAACACCCACACAAGUGGCUAGUCAUGCUCAAAAAUAUUUCCUUCGCCAAAGCUCUGGGAAAAAGGAAAGGAAAAGAUCAAGCAUUCAUGACAUAACCUCAGUAGAGACAAACUCGGUGCCUGCGCCUGCUGAACGCAAGUGGAUUCCUGCACCUCCACCUCCACCUGGUGAUCAAGGUGGUUCAUUUGGGUUUCCAGAUUUUGGUUUUCCAAAGUAAAUAUGGCAUAAUACGUGCUCUGUAUAUAGAAAAUGCCUGCGUGUUAAACAGUCGGAUUUGUAAAUUGGUACAUUGUUUUUUUUUUUAGGAUUCUCUUCCAGAACGUAGGCCAUUAGGAGCAUUGUGAAUUAGAUUUAAUGGUGUAGCUUUUGUCUUCAAAGUCUUUGUUAAUGGAGAAUAGGAUCAUCUAUUAAAUUGAUUCAACAAAUUUCUUUGUUUCAA